CAGAGAGAGCACAGGGUGGAAACUACUUAAUCGAGAAGGCUCCCAGGAAAAGUGGGGAUCACAUGGCCAUUCUCAGGCCCCAGUUCCUCUCCAAACUCCUGAAGGUCAGAAAGAAACCAAAUCUCAGUCAUGAUGAUUAUUUUUAAUGUUAACACCUCACCACUUUCUCAGGGACCCCAAUAUAUACUAAUUCACUUGUGUUAGGUAGGACUUUCCAAAAACCCAAUUUCAGUGUACCUCAGAAUAGAUGACUCACUGCUGACCCCGCUACAUUUUCUCUACUUAGGCUUUAAGUCUACAAAUAGGGCAACUUACUAGAGUACAGAAAAAUUGUUUAUAAUUUAGGAGAAUGUGGGGCUGGCAUAGAGCAACAAGUGCAGGGAAUGACUUGUUUGCUUUCCUCACCUGCAAGAAGGAGGGGAAUGAGCACAUGUCAUAAAUUCCUGGUACACCAGAUGAUUUUGCCAAAAUCUUUCUCCUUUUUAAACUUAGAAGAAAAAAAAAUGGAUGCUUCGUUUUUUGCUAUCGCUGAUGAGAGUUCUCCCUUGCCCCAGAGUUAAAAUGAUCAACCUAUGAAAAUUGGAGGGUUGGGCUUUUGUUGUUGUUGUUAAAGGCCUGAAUGAGGUGAUAUCUUAAUGCUUACAGCUGAGAAGCAGGUCAGUCAGGUUCCUGGGCGCUCUGUAACACAAGCAAGAUACAGCCAGCCCCACCUAAUUUUGUUUCCCUGGCACUCUGUUGCUCAGUGCCACACUGUCACACUUAACCCAUCUGUUUCCUCUAAUGCACGACAGAAUUCAUUUCAGACAGGACAACUGUGGUAUUUCAGUUCCUGAUUGUAAAUACCUCCUAGACCUGAAGAUUCCUUUAAAAAGAAACCCAGUAUCAAAGAAGGCUAAAAUGUUCAUCUUAGCCAAAAUUCUGUUGAUUUCAACUUUGUUUUAUUCACUUCUAUCGGGGAGCCAUGGAGAAGAAAAUCAAGAUAAAAGCACAACACAAAGCAUUGCAGAAGUUUUUAAAACCAUGGAAAAUAAACCUAUUUCUUUGGAAGGUAAAGCAAACUUAAACUCAGAAAAAGAAAAUAGAACCACCUCAGAUCUCAAGGCGAGUCAUUCCCCUCCUUUGAAUCUAUCAAACAAAAGUCAUGGAAUCACAGAUUUCUCCAGUAACUUGUCAGCAGAGCAUCCUUCCGGCAGUGUAAAACCCACAUCCACCAUUUCUACAAGUCCUCCUUUGAUCCAUAGCUUUGUUUCUAAAUUGCCUUGGAAUGCAUCUAUAGCAGAUGAAGAUCCUUUGCCCUUCUCAGCACAUCCCAAUGCUACACCUGCUCUAUCUUCAGAAAAAUUCACAUGGUCUUUGAUCAGUGACACCACAAAUACUCCUGAUAACAGUUCCAUUACAGUUAGCAUCCUCUCUUCAGAACCAGCUUCUACAUCUGUGACCCCCUUGAUAGUGGAACCAAGUGGAUGGCUUACCACAAACAGUGAUGGCUUUGCUGGGUUUACCCCCUAUCAAGAAAAAACAACUCUACAGCCUACCUUAAAAUUCACCAAUAAUUCAAAACUCUUUCCAAAUACAUCAGAUCCCCAAAAAGAAAAUAGAAAUACAGGAAUAGUAUUCGGGGCCAUUUUAGGUGCUAUUCUGGGUGUCUCAUUGCUUACUCUUGUUGGCUACUUGUUGUGUGGAAAAAGGAAAACGGAUUCAUUUUCUCAUCGGCGACUUUAUGACGACAGAAAUGAACCAGUUCUGCGAUUAGACAAUGCACCGGAACCUUAUGACGUGAGUUUUGGGAAUUCUAGCUACUACAAUCCAACUUUGAAUGAUUCAGCCAUGCCAAAAUGUCAAGAAAAUGCACAUGACGGCAUUCCUAUGGAUGACAUACCUCCACUUCGUACGUCAGUAUAAAACUAACAGGAAAAAGGUGUCAAACAGCAAGUGUCAUCUACAUCCUGGCCUUUUGACAAAUUUAUCUUUUAAAAAGUUACACAAGAUUACUGUCAUGUGAAUUUUGCCAAGGAGAAUCAUAAAAGCAAGAGACCAGUAGCAAAGAAAUGUAGACAGGAUGUAUCAUCCAAAAGUUUCCUUUUUUACAAUUUUUGGCCAUCCUGAAGCAUUCUGUAGCCUUAAUUUGUAUUUUAGUAUUAUUUUCUUAUUAGAAAAUAUUUGUGAGAUCAGAUAAAACUAAAAAAUAUUUCACCAUGAUAGCCCUGCCUGAUAAUUUAAUAGUAAAAAUUAUUCUAUGAAAAAUUUAUAAAACUACAUUUAUUUUGGACAAAAAAAAAAAAUGAAGUUGACUCCUUACUGCUCUGCCUGAAGCCCUAGUGCCGUAAUUCAGGAUUGGAUUUUCUUAGAGGAAAAUUGAAAGGGUGUUUAAAAAAAAAUUUGACUUAAAGCUAAAAAGAGGACAUAGCCCAGAGUUUCUAUUACUGGGAAAUUGAGGCAAUAUAAAUGAGAGACCUGUAUUUUAGUACAUUAUGAUUUUUUCUAUCAGCAUGCAUAUGAUCAGCCCCUUAAGCUGCCAAGCUGAUAAUGACAACAUUCAAUAGGGCCAUGGCAAGGAAGCUGACCCUACCCAGGAAAGUAAUAGCUUCUCUAAAAGUAUUCAAAGGUCUAGGAAUUUUAACUUGUCUAAAUAUACCUUAGGCUUCAAUUAUUGGGUGCCUUAAAAACUCAAUGAGAAUCAUGGUAAAAAGAAAAAGUUAACCAAAGAAUAUACCUGUACAUAAUUUGUACAGUUUGAAGUUGUUAGAAGGGAACAGGAUUUCUUACAUAUUAUAUAUUAGUGUUCAAUCAUAUAUGGAAUAGAUUCUGCAUCUCUAAAUGUGCGAAGCAUAAGGUUAAAAAAAGAUGAAUGGAAAUAUCAAACACACAACUUUUUGCUGAGCAUCACUUUCACAAGCAAUAAUAUAACCUUAAUUUGGAGACUAGUAUGUUUCAGUUUGUUUUUAAUUAUCACCUACCUUUGGUAGGAAAAAUAGGUUCCUUGAUGUAGGAAGUCUAGGUUUUAGAGAUUAGAGAAUGAGAUCAAGAGCUAAAUCCCCAAAGAAGCAGGAGAGGGCAAACAAAGCAAGUACCAACAUAGGGGCUUUAUUGUUGAAUUGAUUCAUGGUGUGUGUGUGUGUGUGUGUGUGUGCGCGCGCGUGCGCGUGCGCCCGCGCGUGUGUGUUUGCAUGCAUAGAAACACAGAGACAGCUUCAGAAAAUAAGGGCUAGAAGGUAAUGAAGAACGUACUUACCCCAUAUUGCCAUAAAAAUAGCAAAGAAGACUGUCCCACCAUUAUCAAACAAAUAUGUCACCUGAAUAGAAAACAGAAAUAUCAGUCAUGUAAAUUGAUAAAAUAAUCCAGUGAAUACUGCUUGCACUCAGGUACUAUGAUUUUUUUCCCACAUAGGAUCAUAUUGUUAUAAUAUGGAAAUAUUAUAUAUUAAAUCCUUUCAUGGGUCCUGCAACUAUUUCACAUGAUUUUUCUCAUGGGGAGGGGUGAAGAAACAACACUAACCCUGUUUUCUCCUCUCUUGAUACCCUUUACAACCCACCUUCAUUUCUGAUUAUAAAUGAUUCUACCACCCUGUGGAAGUAUUUGUACAUCAUGAAUUGCCAAACUACAAUGAAAGUAGUAUGAAACUAGUUUUUCAGGUGAGGCAUUCCUAGUUACAAUUCCUGUUAGCAAAACUUCUAGGAGUAGGGAAGUUGAAUUGCUUACCCUAUUCUCUCAUGUCUUUCAAAAUGUAGAAUGGGUCCAAUAGUGGCUAUAAGAUGUAAUCAAUCCUAUCUUAAUUUGUUUUAAAAGUUUCAUAAAUCACUGGACACUUAUGAAACCAAAUGCUUUUUAAUCAGAUAUUAACUGAAACUUCAUAAAGAAGGAUGGAUAGUUUUAUAAUGUUAUUGAAUACAAUUUUAAGGCUGGUAAAUAUUGUUUGAUUUUAAUAAAGUAUUAGUUCAAUUUA